AUGCAGCAAUCACCAUACACAUCCGAUUUCGGAUCGACAAACAUCAAGCUACUCAACGCGGUCAUCACCGAGUCAAUGAUCUCACUCGUCAAGGACACCAUCAAUGGAUCCUGGCAAAAUGCCUAUACCACAGAAGUCAACAGCGCCGUCGAAGCACAAGUCAAGGACAUCAGAGAGGACCUGGAAAGGAAGUCACGCACAGUGAUGCGACUAACAGAACUCCGAUGCUGGAUCAGAUUGGCCGGAGACAGCAUGUCUGAGCGAGCUGCACUGCGCGACGCCUUUGCACCAUCAGGCUCCGCGCUGCACACGUGGCUUUCGGAAAAGAGUACUAUAGACAGCAAGAACCAGGAGGUUUGGUGGGAGGAGGUCAACAAGAUCGAAGAAGAAGAGUCUGAAAGACGCAAAGCAGAGGAAAAAUGA